AGCAGGCCUUUCUUGCAUACGUCUUGGUGGCGCACCUGGGUGUAAUGACACACAUGUAUUGCCGCACGGCCAUAUACUGCCUACAUUCAGAAAAAGCAUUCGGACCAGCCGAUGAGGCGAGAGACAAAACUGUGUCGAGCCGGCCAUGCUAGUCAGUCUGGUGCUUUCAGCACAAACAAGAGAAGAACAAAACGGGCUGCAAUCUGGCCCUACAACACUACGGAUACCUAGGGUUGCACUCUUUGGAACGACUGGCCCGGCAAGCGUUUGUAUCACUAUUGAAGCAUCC